CCACUCCUGGAGUCCCCCGCCCCAGAGCUUUGGUCUCGUCCCGCCCCCCCCCCUCCCGCGCCCUAUGGUCUCGCCCUGAAGAACCCAUCGGUAACUCUACGCUCGGCACCGGCUUCUAUCGACGCGCUCCGGCUCUCCUCGCCGUCCUGGACCCCGGCCGAGUGCAGGGCGCGUGUAAGAUGCUGUGACCUCUGACCCUUGCCUGUCAGCUCUCGCCCCCGUGCAGGCCUCACCAUGAACACCUCCCCAGGCACAGUGGGCAGUGACCCAGUCAUCUUGGCAACUGCGGGCUAUGACCACACUGUGCGCUUCUGGCAGGCCCACAGUGGGAUCUGCACGCGGACCGUGCAGCACCAGGACUCUGUAAAUGCACUGGAAAUCACGCCCGACCGAAGCAUGAUUGCUGCCGCAGGUUACCAGCACAUCCGCAUGUAUGAUCUCAACUCCAAUAACCCUAACCCCAUCAUCAGCUACGACGGAGUCAAUAAAAACAUUGCAUCUGUGGGCUUCCACGAGGACGGCCGCUGGAUGUACACAGGAGGGGAGGACUGCACAGCCCGGAUCUGGGACCUCAGGUCCCGGAACCUUCAGUGUCAGCGCAUCUUUCAGGUGAAUGCGCCCAUUAACUGUGUGUGCCUGCAUCCAAACCAGGCGGAGCUCAUCGUGGGUGACCAGAGUGGUGCUAUCCAUAUCUGGGACCUGAAGACAGACCACAAUGAGCAGCUGAUCCCCGAGCCCGAGGUUUCUAUCACAUCUGCCCACAUCGACCCAGACGCCAGCUACAUGGCAGCGGUCAAUAGCGCUGGCAACUGCUAUGUGUGGAAUCUCACAGGGGGCAUUGGUGAUGAGGUGACCCAGCUCAUCCCCAAGACCAAGAUCCCAGCCCACACACGCUACGCCCUGCAGUGCCGCUUCAGCCCCGACUCCACGCUCCUUGCCACCUGCUCAGCCGACCAGACAUGCAAGAUUUGGAGGACAUCCAACUUCUCCCUGAUGACAGAGCUCAGCAUCAAGAGUAGCAACCCCGGAGAGUCGUCCCGUGGCUGGAUGUGGGGCUGCGCCUUCUCCGGGGACUCCCAGUACAUUGUCACAGCUUCCUCUGACAACCUGGCCCGGCUCUGGUGUGUAGAGACUGGAGAGAUCAAGAGAGAGUACGGCGGCCACCAAAAAGCUGUCGUCUGCUUGGCCUUCAAUGACAGUGUGUUAGGCUAGCCUCUGCUCCUCUGGAUCACAGGCAGCCAUCGGAGAGUUGGGACUGCCUGGUACAGUGAGCCCAACUGGAUGCACCUGUGUAGCACCCUAGCACCCUGGUCGGAUGAAGACCUCAGGGUAGCCUCUGCCUGCCAGGCCAGCCUGGGCCCACCAGGCCAGUCCUCCCUGGCCAGGGCUUUCUCAGUGCCCAGUUGCUUAUCAGAAGGCCCACUGAGCCAGGCUGCAUGUACCUGGUCUGGGAGAGCCUGUACUCCCUAAAGAGGCUGGACUCGUGACCCGAGGCUGUGCCCACCCCAAGUCAUGCUCCCCACUCCUCCCCUUCCCUGCCACUGUUCAGGUCCUGAGGCCCCAGAGAGAACCACC